GAUUUCAGGAGAUCCAUCCUUCUUUCCCCUCCCCUCCAAAGAUUUUUUUCAUCCUUCGUCUUUGUGGAAAUGUGGACAUUUCAAGCAGACAGAUUGAGUGGAAUUGUCUCUGCUUUAGCAGCUCUUUGUGUCGCCUGCUGUGCGCAAAGCCCAUCCACUGGGAAUAUUUCUGUGGUGAAAGAGAUUGUGGACAAACUGCUGAAGGGCUAUGACGUCCGCCUCAGGCCUGACUUUGGAGGUAACCCUGUCACAGUGGGAAUGAGCAUCCAUAUCUCCAGCAUUGACCAGAUCUCUGAAGUCAACAUGGACUACACCAUCACCAUGUACUUCCAGCAGAGCUGGCGGGACAAACGCCUGGCAUAUAACGACCUUCCUCUCAACCUGACCCUGGACAACCGGGUGGCUGACCAGCUGUGGCUGCCAGAUACCUAUUUCCUGAAUGACAAGAAGUCCUUUCUGCAUGGGGUGACGGUGAAGAAUCGCAUGAUUCGGCUCCAUCCUGAUGGGACGGUCCUGUACGGCCUGAGGAUCACCACCACGGCUGCCUGCAUGAUGGACCUGCGGAGGUACCCACUGGACCAGCAGAACUGCACGCUGGAGAUUGAGAGCUAUGGUUACACAGUUGAUGACAUUGUCUUCUUCUGGCAAGGAAAUGAUUCAGCUGUCACAGGGAUGGAGGUGCUAGAACUGCCCCAGUUCACCAUUAUCGAGCAGAGACUGGUCAGCAGGGAAGUGGUCUUCACCACCGGUUCAUACCUGCGCUUAUCUUUGAGUUUCCGAAUUAAGAGGAACAUUGGUUACUUCAUCCUGCAGACUUACAUGCCAUCUAUCCUCAUCACCAUUCUGUCCUGGGUGUCCUUCUGGAUCAAUUAUGAUGCUUCUGCUGCACGAGUGGCACUGGGGGUCACCACGGUACUCACAAUGACUACCAUCAAUACUCAUCUGCGGGAAACUCUCCCUAAGAUCCCUUACGUCAAGGCUAUUGAUGUUUACCUCAUGGGCUGCUUUGUCUUUGUGUUCCUGGCACUCCUGGAAUAUGCUUUUGUCAACUACAUAUUCUUUGGACGAGGCCCUCGGCAGCAGAAGAAACAGAGUGAACGGAUCAGCAAGGCCAACAAUGAGCGCCAUCGUUAUGAAGAAAAGAGGGUGAGAGAGCAGGUUGACCCUUACGGUAACAUCCUCCUCAGCACUCUGGAUAUGAACAACGAGCUGCUGGCCACGGACAUGAUGAGCAGCGUUGGCGACUCUCGAAACUCUGUCAUGUCCUUUGAAGGCUCAGGAAUUCAGUUCCGCAAGCAGCUGGCCUCCCGGGAUGGAUUUGGUCACCACCCAACCCUGGACCGCCAUGUCCCGCUGACCCACCAUGCCGCAGCCCGCAACCGUGCCAACUGCCGUCUCCGUCGGCGGUCAUCUAAGCUGAAGCUCAAAAUUCCAGACCUAACAGAUGUCAGCACCAUUGACAAGUGGUCAAGAAUCAUUUUUCCAAUCACCUUUGGAUUCUUCAACCUUGUUUACUGGUUGUACUAUGUAAAUUGAUGCCUGCAGCCUCCAAGAGAGAUAGGGACAGACACUCAGACAAUGACAACACAGGAGUGUUGUGGUCUUUUGGGUUUGGGUUUUACUCUUUACUAUCAUUAUCAUUUAUUCCUUUGAUUCAUUAGAUUUACUCUAAGCUUACUCUUCUCUUUUCAGCACAUAUAGAACCACAGAGUGUUGG